UUUUUGUGGAUUUGUAGUUAUAAGAGGGGUUGUCGAUUCUAUUUUGCCUUGUAUAUUGAAGACAAUACUAGGGAUAUAUUAAUCGAGUUGGAGGUUACACCAAACUUUUCACCUAACACUUGUGAGAGUUAUGGACGUAUGACACAACCCGAGAUAUAUAUCAGAACAUGCUUGACUGAUUUCCUAACUAGGUAUUUUACUCCUACACAUAUGGAACAGCAGGAUGGCUUGCAUUACAAGCCGUUCCAUUAAUGCUAUCUCCUACCAUCAUCAUUGCUCUGCUCUCACCUGAAGUUCGAGAUGCUACUUGUUAGUCCAAUGCAUACCUUUCAAAUUUCCAUAGUUUUACUAACAGCUCACUCCCAGUACUUGAAGAAUACUUUUCCAGAUCCCUAGGAAUAACACUACUGACCCUCAGCGUCCUAAUCGUCGUCCUAACCGGAUCCGUACCUCUCACCUCUUCUCUGUCCGAUACUGCUUCCUCUGCAGUCACAUCUUCAGCCAGUGACCCCAAAGCUCCCUAUGCAGUUCCUGUCCUUACAAUUUCUACCAUUUAUCAUGGCGUGAUCGCGUUUUACUGCUAUGCGCGCUAUACAACAAGUGGAACUUUUACAUUUGCUCUGGGAUCGCUUGGUUCGACGACAUUAUUUGCGAUAGGGGGAUGGUGUAUACUUUUUGGGACGGAGAGUGGGAGGAUUAGUAAGAAGACGGGAGCGGAUAAGAGGACGAGUGGGUGGCCGUUUGGCAACCAGGAGAGUGCAAGUGCGAGGAAGAAGGCUCUCAGGAGGGGGUUGUGAGGUUCUGGUGAGGGGGAUAGGGAGACAAAAUGGGGAAUGCGAAGACGCAUUGGUUAUUGGGGAUGAGAUGGUAUUUGGCUUCGGGAAAAGUUUCAAAGGGACUGUAUAUUUGUGGGCCUAAUGACUUCAUGAAAAAAAAAAAGUCAAACGAGGGUUUAGUGUGAUGUUGAUAUCAUUUUGAGAUUCAUUACUCGAUUUGUUUCCGUUACCCAACUGCACAAACCCUUCUCAUAUGAACAAAUUCCCUACCAGCACACUUCCUCACACCUCUCUUUCCAUAUCUAGUAAGUGCCUCCUAUCCACAUAUCCCCAAGACUCAACCCGCGAUGUCUCGAUCUCGGAAACCGUACAAAUUUAAAAACACGCAUACAUACUAAGCACGGCGUUAAGCAUCUUACCAAACGACCGGUAUCUCCUUCCUUCGAUGCCCCAUGAUUCCCACGAGUUCAACAAGGAAGACAGGAGCGGAAAUGGACUUUGUAUUUUGAGCUUUAUCUCCAAUGCUGUCAUAGGUUAAGGUUAUAUGAUCAUGCAUACUAAAGAAAAAUAAUCUU